GCGCAAACGCGAGUACUUGGCGCCAAGUGUGUCUGAAUGCGAACUAAAAUACUGUCGUCGGCACCGUCCUUGUUCAAGUUCUGCAACUGCUUGUCGUGUUUGAUCGUCGUGGUUUGACGAUGCCGAAGCGUCGUGAGGAGGCUGAACCGACGCGGAGCACUCCACGGAAGUCGCCGGUCGUUAUUACAAUAAGUUCGGAUUCAGAACAUGGUGACAGCAAUGACGAUCUGUCACCGGUGGGUAUUGCCAGUGACAGCGACGACGAUCUGCCACCGGUGGGCCAGGCACCAAACCAAACCAAACUUGCCAGUGACAGCGACGACGAUCUGCCACCGGUGGGCCAGGCACCAAACCAAACCAAACUUGCCAGUGACAGCGACGACGAUCUGCCACCGGUGGGCCUUGCCAGUGACAGCGACGACGAGUUCCCUAUUUUCCACCCCGAUGGGCGCCUCGAAUUCCCCCACAAAUCUGGCAAGAGAGGAAGAACUGCAAAGUUAGAGACCAUUUCCGAGGAAGCAGCUGCAGGAACCAGUGCACCAGUUACAAUACGACUUCCCUCCGUGGAUCCACAGUGUGCCAAACAGUUAAUUGCACCAACCAUCUAUGGCGACUGUGGGGCCUUCUAUAAUGUUGUACUGAACCAGUCUUGCCUCCAAAGGAACCGGAACAAAUUUUAUAAUAUGCAGCUGGUGCAGGAUGUGUACAAUGACCAUUACUAUGUAUGGUUCCGCUGGGGCCGUGUUGGAGAAAAGGGAGCAACAAAAUUGAUCCCCUGUGAGAAUGACAUCCUGAAAGCAAAGUUGCUGUUUGAAGAAAAAUUCUACUUGAAAACUGGCAACGAGUGGUCAGUAUGGGCCGCUGAUAUUAAAUUCACAAAGCAGAAGGGGAAGUAUGACUAUGCUCAAAGUGGACUACAGUGGUCCUGUAAGUACAUUCAUGCCACUGAGUCCCAUGGAGACAAUAUUGACCAUCUUGUUGAGGAUAUUGCCAAGAAUGCUGGCAAAAGCAAGCUUGAACCCAGCUUGCAGCAUCUCAUGCAUCUCAUAUGCGAUGUGAAGACAAUGAAAAAAAAUCUUGUUGCCAUGCAGUUUGAUGUGGAAAAAAUGCCCCUGGGCAGGCUCACGAAGGAGCAGAUUCAAGCAGGCUAUGAGGCACUUCACAAAAUUGAAGAUUGCAUUAACAAGGAUUGCCCUAAAAGUCAACUCAUGAAUGCCUGUAGUGAAUUUUACACCUGUGUUCCUCAUUCGUUUUCGCGAAGGCAAAGGCCUGAGAUGAUUUGUACAAAUGAACAGGUACAAGAGAAGGUGAAGCUGCUGGAGGCUUUGGAGGAUAUCCACACAUCCUUGGAGCUUUUCAAGAAGGAGCUUGCGAUCAAGAAUCAGAACCCCAUCGACCGUCUUUACAGAUCACUCAAUUGUGGAUUGAUUGAAUUGGACUCCAUGGAAAGCGAUUACAAGCUCAUUCAUCUGGCCAUUAGAAAUACCCAUGGAUCAACACAUGUUGGCUACCGGCUGGUUUUGCAGAAGGUGUUUCGAAUCGAGAAGGCAUCCUGCAAUGAGCGCUUCGUCUCUGUUGGAAACCAUGUAAUGCUGUGGCACGGCUCACGGUGCUCAAACUUCACGGGCAUUCUGAGCAAAGGACUGUGCAUUGCCCCCCCGCAUGUCCCGGCCAAUGGCUACAUGUUUGGCAAAGGUGUCUACUUUGCUGACUGUGUCAGCAAGAGUGCAAACUAUUGUUACCGGCAACCAGAGGAAGAAGGGCUGCUUCUUCUUUGUGAGGUGUCACUGGGAAAUGUCAAGGAAGAAACUUACACCAAGUCAUAUGACAAGUUGCCACAUGGAAUAAACAGUGUAAUGGGCCGUGGCGCAAACAUUCCACAGGACGCUGGGUAUGCCACAAUGUCAAAUGGAGUCAGGCUGGCAUGUGGGAAGCUGAUAAGGCGCAAACCGUUAGAUACCGUCCUUUUGUAUAAUGAGUAUAUUGUGUAUAACACUAAUCAGGUGAAGAUGACAUACCUCGUUAAGGUGAAAUUUGAAAAAGAGAGUGCCCAAAAAUAACCACGUACAGCACACAUAUUUUCCCACUGUUUUCAACUGUGAUAAUUAUUGCUCUUUGUGCAUUGGCCUUUCAGGUGCAGCCUGCAGAAGUGUGUUUUUAAUCCUUUUCUCUCCGCCGUUAAAUUUUUUUUUUUUUUUUGUGCAAUAUCUGAAAAAGUCCAGAGCAUUUCUCACUAUGUAAAAGAUACUCCAGUCAUUUUGUCAUGUCUUGUAAAGCAUUUACUGAUGUGCAAAGUUCACAUUCAAGAAUUUUAAAAAACUAUUUAUUCACAUUGCGAAACUGUUUUACACUUAAGUGUGUUUUCCCUUUUGUAUUUUAAGGUUCCCUUUUGUAUUUUAAGGUCUUUUAAUGCCUAAAAUUAAAAAGUACUGUUUGACAAGCAAGGAUAGCAUGCCCAUUACAUCAUAUUUUUUAUAAUCUUCAUUUGUGUUGGCGUGUUCAUAUUUUUCAUUUGUGUGUUGACGUGUUCAUUUGUGUUGUGUGAUACCAUGUUUGUAAAAAGCAUCCUUAUAGAUGACUCCUGCUACAUAUGUAACGGGUAAAACAAAUUUUUGAUGGUUAUAUAUGUGCACAUUGAAGUGCUGCAUGUUGCCAUCUGUUGUUCCACAUUUUCUGUUUGAGUUUAUGAAUAAAAAUUUUUCUUUACAUUUUUAGUGCAAAAUCGGGCCUUGUAUGUGGUGGUGUCUGCUGUGAAAGUCGGGAGACUGACUUCCAAUGCAUAUUGGCUUAUACUUCUAUCCAUGUUUGGCAAUCAGCAGUGUUUUCCAAUAAGAUAAAAAAGAAACAUUACAGCAGAACCCAUCUGGCGAUGAAUGUCGAUGUUAGUGCUAUUAGCAUUGAAGCAGUGUAGCGACACACCGUAAUGCCACUGC